GACUCGAUGUUUUUCACUCUCUCCAUUGCUUGAAUCAUAUAAGAAUGGCACUUUAUCCAGAGUACUAUACACAACACAAGGUUCACGGAAGAAAACACACAGAUCACUGCAUAAACCAAAUCCGUCAACUCAUUAUGUGCCACGGGGACAUAACACCAAUUCCCACUAAAUACUAUGCCGGUUAUGGGGGCAAUUACAUCAACUCAGAUCAAGUUCACGUAUGCCGCGACUUUGAAUCUUUACUUCGAUGGACAACAAGCAGGCAUAACGGCAGGGAAGCUGUAGAUCCUAGGUAUAGAAAUGGGACAGCUAAGGUAUUGGAUUUUGAUGAACCGUAACAACAUACUGCAUAUUUGAUUUUCUGUUAGAAUUAUAUGUCAUCUGUGUCCCUCCACUGCAGAAAAUUAGCAUAGAUCAUUUUGUAUAUGCGUG